AUGGCGGCUGAAGACCUGGUCCAGAGCUGCUGCGCUGCGGGCCAGAGAUGGGCCUCUGAAAAUAAGCACUGCAACCAUCUGCCUCUGAUCGGCAACGAUAAGCACUCGAUAUGCAGCGUUGCCAUGAAGCAGUGUUGCCUGAGCUCCAUGAAGGAGAGUCGGUGUGAAUCAGGGAUGAUCUCAGCCAGAGGAGGAGCUACCUGCCAGGUGGAGGAGGUGGAGGAGGAGGGACGGUGUUCAGACGACUCAUACCAGGUGUGUUGCAGCUGCUGUGUCCUCGGCUUACGGGUGCGAAGUGAAGGACGGGGAUGCGAUGCCCAUCAGUACCUGGGAUACCCCUGUGGUCACAUCUUCCUCACCUGCUGUGAGGAAGAGGAGGAAGGUCCGAACAGCCAGACCCCCCUGAGACCAAAGCAGAAGCCCAGACCCACGUCACUGCCCAGGAAAGUGUCAGACACCAAGUUCCCCAAAGAGGCCUUCUCCAUCGGUGCCACAGACGACGCUGCCAACACGGUGGAGGAGCAGGAGGAGGUGGAUGAGUGUCAGCUGUACGCAGGCCAGCUGUGCCAGCACACAUGCACAGACACGUGGGGCUCGUACCGCUGUGGAUGCCACCCAGGAUACCACCUGCAGCCGGACGGACACUCCUGUGCACCAGUGAGUCCUGAUGAAGACAACAGAGUCAAAGAGGAGGAGGACAGCCCCGUAGCCCCGCCCACAGCCUCCACUACCACCACCACAACCAGUACGACCAGUACGACCAGCAGAAGCCCUGUCCGCCGGAAUCCAUGUGCAGGAAACGGUGGUUGCAGUCAACAGUGCAGUGCGGUCGGAGGCCAGGCUCGCUGCUCCUGCUUCCCAGGAUUCUCACUGAAGACAAAUGGGCGCACAUGUGAAGAUGUGGACGAGUGUGCGACCAACACCCACAGCUGCCGGCCGAGUGAGCGUUGCGUGAACACAGUGGGCUCAUUUGUAUGCGAGCUGCAGGUCACAUGUCCUGCAGGAUACCAGCUGAAGAACAGUGUUUGCGAGGAUAUUGAUGAGUGCGUGCUUCGAACCCACAACUGUGGCUCCAGCUUCAUGUGUGAGAACACAGUGGGUUCUUUCAUCUGUGGUCCCAAACACAAGUGCAUCAGCGGCUUCAAACAGGACUCACAUGGAAACUGUAUCGACGUCAACGAGUGCAUGGGUCUGACUGAACCAUGUGGCCCAGGCUUUAACUGCAUCAACACCGUGGGCUCCUACACUUGCCAGCAGAAGACCGUCAUGUGCAGCCAUGGUUACCACGCCAGCCCCGAUGGAGUCAAGUGUGUCGAUGUUGACGAGUGUCAGACGGGGACACACCGCUGUGGAGUGGGCCAGAUUUGUCACAACCUCCCUGGCAGUUACCGCUGUGACUGUCAGACGGGCUACCAGUAUGACGCCCUGCGCAAAGUCUGCAACGAUGUAAAUGAGUGCUGGCGUUACCCUGGCAGGCUGUGUGCCCAGACCUGUGAAAACACCCCUGGAUCCUACCACUGCUCAUGUACCGCCGGCUUCUCCCUCGCAUUUGAUGGUAAAAACUGUGAAGACAUAAAUGAAUGUGAGAAAAACCCGUGUAGCCAGGAAUGCGCCAACAUCUACGGUUCCUAUCAGUGCUACUGUCGCCAAGGUUACUUCCUGAAAGAGGACGGACGCACCUGUGAAGACAUUGACGAGUGUUCCCAAAGCAUUGGGAACCUGUGUACGUUCCAGUGCGUUAACGUCCCUGGCAGUUACCAGUGUGCCUGUCCUCCUCAUGGAUACAUCAUGGCUGCCAACGGUCGCACCUGCAAAGAUGUGGAUGAGUGCACUACUGGAACCCACAACUGUACUGGAGGACAGACCUGCUACAACCUCCAAGGAGGCUUCAGAUGCCUUUCCUUCGACUGCCCCCCCAACUACAAGAAAGUAUCCGACACACGCUGUGAACGUCUCAGCUGUCCCACCAACUCCUUGGACUGUCAGAACUCUCCGGUCCGCAUCACCUAUUACCAGCUCAGCUUCCAGACCAACAUCAUCAUCCCCGCCCAGAUCUUCAGAAUCGGCCCCUCCCCCGCCUACUCCGGAGACCACAUCGUCAUCGGCAUCACCCGGGGCAACGAGGACGGCUACUUCAGCACCCGCAAACUCAACAGCUUCACGGGCGCCGUGUACCUGCAGAGGCAGGUCCGACAACCCAGAGACUUCCUCAUCGACGUGGAGAUGAAGCUGCUGAGGCAGGGGGCGCUCACCUCCUUCGUGGCCCGGAUCUACGUAUUUAUCACAUCCAGUGCUGUUUAGACGUAACGACAAAGUAACGCAGAGACGGACUGAGUCAUUUCACACGGUGCUAAAGCCUCACGUAUGUGCAGAUUCUUUGGAAACGUCGGCUCGUAGCUGCUUUAUCUGCAUGUUAAUAAACGCAGGGGGUCCAUAAAGUCUCCUUACAAUCAAACACAUUUAUGCGGUGGCCCAGAGGUGGAACAGCCCAAAAAAUUAUCCACUAUAAGAAAAAAAAAGAGAACAGCCCAAAAAAUUAUCCACUAUAAGAAAAGAAGAGA